AGAAAGGUAGUUGCUAUCGGACCGCCGUUGCUGUCGCCCGUGUACGGCUUUCUCGUGUGUGUUACAAUCGACAAAAGAGACCGCCUACGAUUUUCCCGAAAAAACCUACCCUCUACCGAUUUUCCUCGCGCAUAACGAUCGCAUCGACCGGCUUUGGAGGACGAGCUGCUCGCGAGGAAGUGGAUAACGCGGCCAAAAUCUUGAGUGGGGUAAAAGAGCGAGUCGAGAAGAGAAAAUCAUGCUGCCGAGCGCGGAAGAGUCGCUGCGAGCCGAGACGAAAAAUCGGAUCACUCGGUGAGCUCGACGCCGAGGAUAUUGUACUCGCACCUGACUCUCGCGGACUUUGACCUCGACUCGUGUGUAAAAAGAAAAACCGCGCGCGCGCGCGCGCGUGUGUAUGCGUGUGUGUGUGAUUUCGUGGUGCAGAAAUAAUGCUUCGACUGGCGACUCACACAAGACGAGUGACGCUUUAAAAUAGAAAGGUCCGGAACAUUUCGAAGAAAGUGCGGUGCAGUGUGUGUGUGCGUGUGUGUGCGUGUGUGUGCAGUCGUCGAUUUUCGUCCAUCCGAAAGAGAAAACGCUUCUGCGCGCAAGACACGUCGUUUUAUGGAGGAGCCGAGUUUUAGAAGGAGCCUCGUCAGAUGCGAGGGACGAUCAUCGCCGUAGAAUCGGCAAAGUGUGCCGCCGCCGUCGAAUUUGUUGAUGUCGCGGCGCUCGGCGAUGACUCUCUCGACGAUCGUCGCUCUUGCGGCGGCUACUUUCCUUCUGGGAGCCGUAGACUGUCAAUUGAGCGAUAACACACCGCCCACCGUCUACUUGAAUCGCAACUGGGUAUUGAAGGAAACCGACCCGGUGGGCUACGUGGUGGAACGUGUCCGAGCCGAGGAUAACGACCAGGGCGAGCUGAUCUACGGCCUUGAGCCGAGUACUCUGAAUUACAAUGGCAACGCGGAACCUCAGAGACCGCUACCCUUUGCCAUCAACAGUACCACCGGGGUCAUCUACCUGAACGAGACUCUCAAAGGACGGGGAGGACAGCACAUGUCGCUGUACGUCACAGUUUCUAAUGGUAUUGUACCAGCCAAAGCGGAAGUCUACGUGAAUAUUCAGAGAGCCGCAGGUUCUAAAACGGGACCGACGAGGUCGCCGUUCUCGAACCAACCAGGCAACGGAGGUCUGAUCCGACCACCGAUUCUGCGUCUCCCAUCUCUGACGAUACCACCAUCCUCCAGUCAGUCCCAGCCACAGCAGCCGCCGAGUCGAACUCGACUCAAACCCGAGUUCGCUAGUUCGAGUCCAGGUACCAGCACGAGCUUGGAUGACCGGCGCGACGAUGCCGCUAACGAUCUCGAGGCUCCGGCCCUCAGCUCGAAAGUCGAGCCGAGCGAGGCACCACCAAGUCAGGACAUCACCAUGACCCUCGUGCCCAUAGCCGCGGUUUGCGCUCUUGUGUUCGGUCUUGGAAUGGGUGUCUGGUCGCUGAGGAAACGCAUCUGCGCCAGCAGGAAGUCCAAAGAGCAGAACAAGGAACAUGCUUCUGUGAGCGUCUCGACCAUAUCGAACGACCCGUCGCUGGACCUGAAACGCUGGAGGAGUCCUAAGGUCGCGAACAAUCGUUACGAGGUCUGGGACAAGGAAGCCAAACCUGGUGCGCGUAUCAAGCGGGACGACAAGUGGGAGUUCCCUAGACACAGGCUAAAGGUGUUCAACAUACUCGGCGAGGGCUGCUUCGGCCAGGUCUGGAAGUGCGAAGCCCUCGAAAUAAACGCGACUCCAGGCACGACGAUCGUCGCUGUAAAGACCCUGAAGGAGAACGCCACGGAGCGCGAGAGGCUCGACUUGGCCCAGGAGCUCAAAGUGAUGAAGAGCCUCGAGCCACACCCUAAUGUAGUGCGACUACUCGGCUGCUGCACCGAGCGCGAGCCCAUGUUCGUCAUCCUCGAGUACGUCAGCGGUGGUAAGUUGCAGAGCUUCCUCAGGGCGUCCAGGGAGGAGCGAAAUCAAGGAGGACCCGGACUCACUUCUCGCGACCUUACUAGCUUCGUUUAUCAGGUCGCGAAGGGAAUGGAGUAUCUCGCUUCCAAAGGGGUGAUUCACAGAGACCUCGCAGCGCGAAACGUCCUGAUCGACGACAACCGCGUUUGCAAAGUCGCCGAUUUCGGCUUCGCUCGAGACGUGGCGGCCAAUCAAAUUUACGAGAGAAAAUCGGAAGGACGACUGCCCAUACGGUGGAUGGCCCCGGAGAGCUUGUACGACAAUAUAUUCUCGGUGAAGUCCGACAUUUGGAGCUUCGGAGUUCUGAUAUGGGAAAUCGUGACUCUCGGAUCGACGCCCUAUCCUGGACUUGCCGCCGCUGAGGUGAUGAGACGGAUCAAAGAAGGCUACAGACUAGACAGGCCGGAGCACUGCAAAAGGGAACUCUACAACAUAAUGUACUACUGCUGGGACAAAGAUCCCGCUUGCAGGCCAUCCUUCACCGAACUCGUCAACCUGGCCGAGGGACUGCUGCUCGACGAAACCGACUACAUCGAGCUCGAUCGCUUCCCCGAUCACUCUUAUUAUAAUGUGCUUAAUCUAAGCGGCGAAAAACUGUAAAUACGUAAAAUGACUAAAUCUUUGUGAAAGGUUUUAUAUAGUAUAGAGAACGCAAAGUCAUCCGUGUAGUUAUACUUAUGAGGUAAUUGAUAAAUUGAUUAAGUCAAAAUAAUUCCAAAUGUAAAAUUUAUGCGGCGUCGACGAUUACGAAUUUUAUAGAUAAAAUUACAAUAUGUAUUUUUGUUAGAGAUAAAAUAUUCAAGUUGUAAAUAUGUACAAUAGAAAUAUGAACGUCAAUAGCUCAACGUUAUUUAUAUUUCGUUACAAUAAUUUUAUACUCGGAAGCUUAUAUGAUAAAUUAUUAUAACGGUAUGCAAUAUUUUAUAAAAAUUAUGUAUUAAAUUUGUAGCCUUUUACAUACUUGUAAAAUAUAUCUGUAUUCCGAA